GCGACUGAUCUUUGGUGUUGCACACAGCAGGUUUCAGGAAGCUGUGCAGAAAUUUGCUGGUCAGAGUCCGGCGUGAUCAUAACUAUAGAAUGGUGGAUAACGACUUCCGACACCUCAUACAGAGGUUUUAUGAGUUGCAAGCUGAGCGUGUGGAGGCCUACAAGCUAUUUGAAGAGGGUCACCAGGCCUAUUUGAAGUCUGGCCCGCACUAUGAUUUCAUCCGGUACCGGCAGCUGGUUCACGAAAUCACCAAGGCCUUCAAUGGCAUCAAUAAAGAACUAAUCCAGAUGAAAGAUCGAUUCCGGGAGGUGCACGAUAGACCUGACCUGUCUGAACACUUGGAGAAACUCCAAGAAAUGGAAAAAGAGAAGUUAGAACUGACGGCAAGACUACAGUUAGCCAAACAAAAUUCCCAGGACCACCCCAGUCAGGAAGACUACCAAGAAGAGGCGCAAACACUAAAACAAAAGAUAAUUAAAACCGUGGAAGCAAUCAGUGAAGUACUACAGGAUUUCAAGUAUGACUGUGAAGAAAUACAAUGAAGUUUCACUCUUUGGGAACUGCUGGAUGGAAAGUGAGGCGCAGAGUGGAAAUAUUUAUUUGUAACUUCACCAGAACUCAGCUAUCGUUUUUUUUUUUUGUUUUUUUUUUUACAUCUUUCGUG